GCCUCUGGAGCCGCUGUCUCGGUCCCGCCGCCGCCCGGCCGGGCCCUGCAGCUACCGCGGAGCCCGGGUGCGCGGGGGCACGCGUGGCACCGCACGGACAGAAUCGGACCAUCCACCCACCCAAGGGUUUUGGAGGAAGUCAGCCCACUUUCCAACUUUAAUCUGUCCCCACCGUUUCCAGAAGAAAAGGCAAGCUUAUUCCUAUGACAUCCAUGGACAAGUGCUUGAUGCUGAUUCUCCCAGGGCCCUGCCAGCCUUGAAAGGCUUCGACCUCUUUCUGUGCGCAGCAGCCUGAGGUCUGCCUCCUAUGCACCCCAGCACCCCUAUCAGCUCCCUCUUCUCCUUCACCAGCCCGGCAGUCAAGAGGCUGCUGGGCUGGAAGCAGGGAGAUGAAGAGGAGAAGUGGGCAGAGAAGGCCGUGGACUCUUUGGUGAAGAAGCUAAAGAAGAAGAAAGGAGCCAUGGAUGAGCUGGAGAGGGCACUGAGCUGCCCAGGCCAGCCGAGCAAGUGUGUCACCAUCCCCAGGUCCCUGGAUGGACGACUACAGGUGUCCCACCGCAAGGGACUGCCCCAUGUCAUCUACUGCCGUGUGUGGCGCUGGCCAGACCUGCAGUCCCAUCAUGAGCUGAAGCCCCUAGAAUGCUGUGAGUUCCCCUUCGGCUCCAAGCAGAAGGAGGUCUGCAUCAACCCCUACCAUUACCGCCGAGUGGAGACGCCAGUUCUGCCUCCGGUACUGGUACCAAGACACAGCGAGUACAACCCCCAGCUCAGCCUCCUGGCCAAGUUCCGAAGUGCCUCCCUGCACAGCGAGCCCCUCAUGCCGCACAAUGCCACCUACCCGGACUCUUUCCAGCAACCCCUCUGUCCUGCACCUCCCUCCUCGCCAGGCCACGUGUUUCCGCAGUCUCCAUGCCCCGCCAGCUACCCACACUCCCCGGGAAGUCCUACCGAGUCAGACAGUCCUUUUCAACACUCAGACUUCCGGCCAGUUUGCUAUGAGGAACCCCAGCACUGGUGCUCCGUUGCCUACUAUGAACUAAACAACCGGGUGGGAGAGACUUUCCAGGCGUCCUCCCGGAGCGUGCUCGUAGACGGCUUCACCGACCCUUCCAAUAACAGGAAUAGGUUCUGUCUUGGGCUUCUUUCAAAUGUGAACAGAAACUCAACAAUAGAAAACACCAGGAGGCACAUUGGAAAAGGUGUGCAUCUGUACUACGUUGGGGGUGAGGUGUACGCGGAGUGCGUGAGUGACAGCAGCAUCUUCGUCCAGAGUCGGAACUGCAACUAUCAGCACGGCUUCCACCCCGCCACUGUCUGCAAGAUCCCCAGCGGCUGCAGCCUCAAGGUCUUCAACAACCAGCUCUUCGCCCAGCUGCUGGCGCAGUCAGUGCACCACGGCUUUGAGGUCGUGUACGAGCUGACCAAGAUGUGCACGAUCCGGAUGAGCUUUGUGAAGGGCUGGGGAGCCGAGUAUCAUCGUCAGGAUGUCACAAGCACCCCCUGCUGGAUUGAGAUUCAUCUUCAUGGGCCACUGCAGUGGCUGGACAAGGUUUUAACUCAGAUGGGCUCCCCACAUAACCCCAUAUCUUCAGUGUCUUAACAAUCACGUCGUCGGCUACAUUUCCACAGAAUAGAUGCAGGCA